GCGGUGGUCGUCAUCCUGUCGGAGGGUCCGCGGGUUUCCAUAUGCAUGGAUAUCACCUGAACCUUCUUACAAGAGCUUAAAUUGUGUCUCAAUUUACCCCAAACAUGAGUGGCUCCAAACCUGACAUUCUGUGGGCCCCACACCACGUCGACAGGUUUGUUGUGUGCGAUUCGGAAUUGAGCCUGUACCACAUUGACUCUGCUGUGAGCUCAGAGCUGAAGGCGGGGUCCUUGCGCUUGUCGGAGGAAACGACAGCAACCCUCCUGUCGAUCAAUUCAGACACGCCCUAUAUGAAAUGCGUGGCUUGGUAUCCCAAGUACGACCCCGAGUGCCUCCUUGCUGUUGGACAGGCCAAUGGUCGAGUGGUUCUUACCAGCCUGGGUCAGGAUCACAACUCAAAAUGUAAAGAUUUGAUAGGCAAAGAGUUCGUUCCCAAACACGCGCGGCAAUGCAACACCCUGGCGUGGAACCCACUCGACAGCAACUGGCUGGCUGCUGGCUUAGACAAGCAUCGAGCUGACUUUUCGGUGUUGAUCUGGGAUAUCAGCAGCAAAUACGCUCCAGAGACUGCAGUUGCUGCAGAGAAAGUAAGACUUUCAUCGGGAGAUCCGGAAGCAGGCCUGGUGGUAACGAAGCCACUCUAUGAACUGGGGCAGAACGACGCUUGCCUCUCUCUGUGUUGGCUGCCACGUGACCAGAAGCUGCUGUUAGCUGGAAUGCAUCGGAAUUUGGCUAUUUUUGAUCUGAGGAACACAAGCCAAAAGAUCUUUGUCAACACCAAGGCUGUCCAAGGGGUGACUGUCGAUCCCUAUUUCCACGAUCGCGUAGCUUCCUUCUAUGAAGGGCAGGUUGCCAUCUGGGAUUUAAGGAAGUUUGAGAAGCCUGUUUUGACCUUGACAGAGCAACCAAAACCCUUAACUAAAGUCGCGUGGUGCCCAACGAGAACUGGGCUGUUGGCUACUUUGACGAGGGACAGCAAUAUCAUUAGGCUGUAUGACAUGCAGCACACUCCCACCCCUAUUGGAGAUGAAACUGAGCCAACAAUAAUCGAGAGGAGCGUCCAGCCCUGUGAGAAUUACAUUGCUUCGUUUGCCUGGCAUCCCACAAGUCAAAACCGAAUGGUAGUGGUGACUCCCAACAGAACUAUGUCUGACUUCACCGUUUUUGAAAGGAUUUCCCUUGCAUGGAGCCCAGUCACCUCCUUAAUGUGGGCUUGUGGAAGACAUUUAUAUGAGUGUACAGAAGAAGGGAAGGCUAAUUCCUUGGAAAAAGACAUAGCAACCAAAAUGCGGCUCAGAGCUCUGUCGAGGUAUGGUCUUGAUACUGAACAAGUCUGGAGAAAUCACCUCCUGGCUGGAAAUGAAGAUCCUCAGCUGAAAUCACUUUGGUACACCCUGCAUUUUAUGAAGCAGUAUACUGAAGACAUGGAUCAAAAACUAACAGGAAACAAAGGUCCCUUAGUUUAUGCUGGCAUUAAAUCAAUCGUGAAGUCAUCUCUGGGAACAACAGAGAACCUCAGGCACAGCAGGAGCGGAUCUGAUAGACAGGCAGACAUUAUUCAGUAUCUGAGUGAGGAGAGAUCCUUGGCUUUGCAGCUCUGCGGGUGGAUCAAGAAGGGAACAGACUUGGAUGUGGAACCCUUUUUAAGUUCCCUGGAGCAGGAAGGAGACUGGGAGCGAGCUGCUGCUGUAGCCCUUUUCAACUUGGACAUCCGGCGAGCGAUACAAAUCCUGAAUAAAGGAGCUUCCUCGGGAAAAGGUGAUCUGAACCUUAAUGUAGUAGCAAUGGCUCUGUCAGGCUACACAGAUGAGAAGAACUCACUUUGGAGAGAAAUGUGCAGUACUCUAAGACUGCAGUUGAACAACCCCUACUUGUGUGCUAUGUUUGCUUUCCUGACGAGCGAGUCUGGUUCAUAUGAUGGUGUUUUGUAUGAAAACAAUGUAGCAGUACGAGACAGAGUGGCAUUUGCUUGCAAGUUCCUCAACGAUGCUCAGUUGAACAGAUUCAUUGAGAAGCUGACAAAUGAAAUGAAAGAUGCUGGGAAUUUGGAGGGAAUACUAUUAACAGGGCUGACAAAAGAUGGAGUUGACUUGAUGGAAAGUUAUGUUGACAGAACUGGAGAUGUCCAGACAGCAAGCUAUUGCAUGCUACAGGGUUCUCCAUCAGAUGUACUUAAGGAUGAGAGGGUUCAAUACUGGAUUGAGAACUACAGGAAUCUUUUAGAUGCUUGGAGAUUUUGGCAUAAACGUGCAGAAUUUGAUAUCCACAGGAGUAAGCUGGAUCCCAGUUCAAAACCUUUAGCCCAGGUGUUUGUGAGUUGCAAUUUCUGUGGAAAAUCAAUCUCUUACAGCUGUUCAGCUAUUCCUCAUCAGGGACGAGGUUUUAGCCAGUAUGGAGUUAGCGGUUCACCAACCAAGUCGAAAGUCACAAGCUGCCCUGGGUGCCGUAAGCCCCUUCCUCGUUGUGCUCUCUGCUUGAUCAACAUGGGAACACCAGUUUCCAGCUGUCCAGGAGGAUCCAAGUCAGAUGAAAAAGUGGACCUUAGCAAAGACAAGAAGUUAGCCCAGUUCAACAACUGGUUUACUUGGUGUCACAACUGUAGGCACGGUGGACAUGCUGGACACAUGCUUAGCUGGUUCAGGGACCAUACAGAGUGCCCAGUUUCUGCCUGCUCUUGUAAGUGUAUGCAGCUGGAUACAACAGGGAAUCUCAUUCCAGCAGAGACUGUCCAGGCAUAAAUAUUGGUUGAGAAGGAAUGGAUGUUCAUCAUAGUCCAAGCAUGUAUUUGAGAUAAAGGUCAUUUAUGACUUACUGUGAAAAAAUAAAUUGCUGCCAGAUUAGUAAAAUGCUGUGUGUAUGACUGUGCUUGGUAGGAACAAGCCUCUGGGUGUAGAAUGUGGUCCUUGUCCAGAAGAUGGAAGCAGUUGAGUUCAAAACCCCUGGAACUGUGGACUCUGGAUUUGCCAAAAUCCAAAGAACUUCGUUAAAAGUUUUCAAGGUGAUGCUGAUCAGCCCUUUGAUUUGUUUCCUAAAUGAAGCAGUGUUUACAUGGUGUGAAUGAAAGCAGACUCCUGAGAAGUGUUCUUCAGGAGAUCACAAAGCUGUGCUGUGGAUUCCUCUGUUCACUGUCUGAUCACACUUUCAUGUAUGCAAACCAUCAUUUCCUUCUGAGUUCAUUCAAAGUGCCACUGACAAUUUGUAUUCUGAAGACUUUUAUUUUCAAGAAAAAUCUUGUUUCCUUCUGUUCCCAAGUUUUGUUAGUAGUGAAACAGUAUCUUUACAGUUCAAGGUUUUACUUAAUUUACCUACAGACCUAGCUGAUGGGAGUUGUAAUGCUAAAGAACUUGGAGAUUUUGUCUCCUAGGGAUGCCUGCACCUUAGAGAAGAGUUCCCCGAGAAGUCCUGUGUCUGUUUCAGUGCGCAGUGCAGGUGAACUAUAGCAGGUUUCAUUUGACUGAUUCAUUUUCAAGGUAGUACUGUGAAGAUCUGAAAUCUCAAGGAUUGGAGAUCUGUAAAUACUUCCAAGUUUUAAACUACAUGCUGAGUUUUGAUUGAAGGCUCUUGGAUAAUCUGCAUUUCCCAGUACUCCUUAAAUAGACUUGGAAGUGUGAAAUCAACCUGUAUCAAUCCUGCUUCUGGUCACUAGCAGACACCAGUCUGCUCUCAAAAAGCUGCAGAAUUGGAGGUCAUUGACCAGAAGGAGUUCCAGAUCCGUUAUCAGCUGGAAUUAAGAUCAUUUAUUAACUUGAGAGAGAGUCAGUGAUAUUUUGCUAACACUGUGCUAGGAGCUAAUUGGUGGUGUUGUCCUUGGUUUUGUAGGCAACAAAAUUCACACAAAUUAGGGGGAAAAAAACAACCAACCAACCAACAAACCAAACCUGUUUUAAGGUAAUGUGAUAAUAACAUCAGUUUAUUUGGUGUGUGUUUAUUUACUAGUAGAACCAGUA